AUGAUAGUAGCAAGGCUGUUCCUUCUCGUGGUCUUGUGUGCACUGGCAGCGGUGCGCGCAACCUCCGGCGUGUGCUCGUGGGGGGCGAACGCGGCCUUGCUCUACGUCCAGGCGUCAUGCUUGGCAGACAGCGUUGGCGAGACGAUCGUGAUUCCGGGGCAGUCGACGCUGCUCGUACGCUUGAAGUUUUGGGGCCAACGCGACGCGCGGUUCGCGACCACAUUUGACGCGCGGCUGCGAACGUUUGGGCGAAAUCGCAAGGACGCUCCGUACUUUACACACAGCGAUCGACUCCUCGACGUCUUUGCGUUCGAGGUUCCAUACACGACCGAGAUGACGCAGCAAAAGAGCUUCAGCGUCGCCCAGCGUCCUAGACUUCUCGAAUUGGCACUCUUUCGCGACGCGAGCCACACGGCUGUGUUGUGUUCGACGACCGUUCGAUGCGACGACCCUUAA